CGCUCCUUGCUCGUCAAAAAUCGUCGCGCAACGUGGUCAGGACGCGGGUGAGGUCGCGCAAGCAGCGCUUGGAUUCGGGCAUGGGCAUCAAUGGACACGUUGCAGCCAAGGCAAGGAAUAAGGUUGCGCAAGUGUAUGGACGUGCGGCCUGUGGUGCUGCCCGAUGAUGUUCUCCUCAACAUCUUCUCGCGGUUCUCGCCGCGCGAGCUUUUGGUGCUCAUGCAGGUGUGCCGGCAAUGGCGGCGUGUGGGCUGCCACCCACAUUUAUGGACCUACGUGAACUUUGGGUUGGCCGGCUGUGAGCUCGAACUGCAGGUCGACGAUCAAGGGCUGGGUAGUUGCCUCCGGCUCGGGCCAGUCUUUCAGUUGGAUCUGGAACUGUGUCGCGGCGUCCGUCAAGCGACUCUGGCCGUUGUGGCGACGCAAUGCGCUACAACCCUGCAGCGGCUUAACUUGGCGGGGUGUCGGUCCAUUUCCCCGAGUGGGUUGGCGCCCUUGGUGCAAUGCACGCAGCUUCGCGUGCUAUCCUUGCGUGGUUGCGUGCAGUGCAGUGACGAAUCAAUUGCAGGCGUACUUCGGGCAUGUCCAAAGCUGGCUUAUCUUGACUUGGGCUUUAUCCCCGGCCUUGAUAAGCAGGUGGGACAAGCCCUUGGUCAAUUGCCACACCUCCGCCAUCUCUCGCUGCGGGCGACCCCCACAAACGGAACCUUUCUCACGCACUUAGCCCGGGCCAACCCACCGCUGCAAUUCUUGUCGCUCCGCAAGUGUCCACUUGUUCCCAUGCCCGCCCUGGCCGCCCUGCUUCGAACGGAAGGGCCACGGACCCACAUGCAGCGCCUUGAUCUCCGACAGAUGCCAUACACAGCUGAGGCACUGGCUCACUUUGCCACACUCUUGGACACGCUGCAAUCCCUGCUCUACGUGGACGUGGAUGCCAUGCUGGUGAUGGAGCGCUUUGUGCUGACCAGUGCCGUGGGUGGCUACCAAUACCAGGCCGCUGCCCUCGAUGAUGAUCCACGGGAUUCAUUGCAGAACAACACCUUUUAUGCCGCAUUUGCUCCGGGGCCCACCCGCCUGGCUGGAGCACACCACGAGACCUAUGGAUGCAUUUUGGAUUAGGUGACGCAUUGAAAGCUCGGAGAACUUGAAGACUGGUUGUUUUCUGUUCCCACGAGGCGCUGUGGGCCUAAAUUUCAUCCACCAUAAGCAU